AUGGCUGAAGUAAAUGUCAGCUAUGUCACUGAAUUCAUCCUCAAGGGUAUUACAGACCGGCCAGAGCUCCAAGCCCCUUGCUUUGUGAUAUUUUUGGUUAUCUACCUAGUAACGGUGCUGGGCAAUCUUGGGUUGAUUGCUUUAAUCAGGAUUGAUUCCCGACUUCACACACCUAUGUACUUCUUCCUCAGUCACCUAGCCUUCGUUGACUUGUGUUACUCCUCCGCAAUUACACCAAAGAUGAUGGCGAACUUUGUGCUGGAGUGUAACACAAUUCCCUUCCAUGCUUGUGCUACGCAGCUGGGUUGCUUUCUCACCUUCAUGAUCACUGAAUGCUUCCUGUUAGCCUCCAUGGCCUAUGAUCGCUAUGUUGCCAUCUGCAUCCCCUUGCAUUAUUCAACACUGAUGUCAAAGAGAGUCUGCAUUCAAUUAGUGGCAGUUCCUUAUAUCUACAGUUUUCUGGUUGCCCUCUUCCAUACCAUCAUCACUUUCCGCCUGACUUACUGUGGCCCCAAUGUCAUUAACCAUUUCUAUUGUGAUGACCUUCCCCUCCUUGCUCUGUCCUGUUCAGACACACACGUAAAGGAAGUUCUGAUUUUUGCUUUUGCUGGCUUUGAUAUGAUCUGUUCCUCUUCCAUUGUCCUCACCUCCUACCUCUUUAUUAUUGCUGCCAUCCUGAGGAUCCGCUCUGCCCAGGGGCGACGCAAGGCCAUCUCCACCUGUGGGUCCCAUAUGGUGGCUGUUACUAUUUUCUAUGGCACACUGAUCUUCAUGUAUCUACAACCCAAAUCAAACCAUUCCCUAGACACAGACAAGAUGGCUUCUGUGUUUUACACUGUGGUGAUUCCCAUGUUGAACCCCCUCAUCUAUAGUCUAAGGAACAAAGAGGUGAAGGAUGCAUCGAAGAAAGCCGUAUAUAAAGGUUGUGAGAUAUUAAAAAUAUUAAAAUUAAGAAAAUAA